AUGCUUGACAACAUCAAUGAAUAUUUUGGACUUGUGAAGAACAAGCUCUCAGAGGUAUACGAGAAAAUAUUUCAGAACUUCAUCAAAUCGUUGUUUGGAAAGCCAUCAUCUAUUCUUUUUCUUGGUAUAGAUAAUGCAGGAAAGACUACACUAGUUAACAAGCUGAAGAGUAAUUCUACUAGUGCAUACAUGCCUACUAAGCAUCCGAACACAUACCAGGUCGAGAUUGGGAACCUCAAGGCGCAGGUUGUUGAUCUUGGUGGACACUCAGCAGUCAGAAUAGUGUGGAGGGAAUACUUCUAUAAUUGUGAUGGGAUUGUGUUUAUAGUUGAUGUACAUGAUAACAAAAGGUUUAAUGAGGUUAGAGAGGCAUAUAAAACGGUAAGGGAGAUGGAAAAGAAUGCACCGAUUGUUGUUCUUAUGAACAAGGUUGAUUUGGUAAAGCAUACGCCUGAGUCUGCAGAGCAGGACUAUGAGUGGAAUUCUGCCCUGAGAGAGGCAACAGGGAUUGAGAAUCAAGAAGAUCCGGAUGCAGGGCAGGCUGUGAAGAUUUUUUAUGUUAAGAUGCUUAAGGAUGAUGGGGAUUCAAAUAGCAUAACGGGACCUCUUGCAAGAGCCUUUAAGUGGUUAGAAACAAUGAUUACUUAUAGUGGCAAGAAGCAAUCUUCGUUGAAUAAAACCUUAUGA